AUGAUCUGGUUGUUGUGUUCUUUGGCUGUACUGACGCUGGAUGUCGGCGCACAGAGAGGUCCUGUGGUUACCACCACCCUAGGGCAGAUCGAAGGCCGGGUUCGUAGGGUUCAGAAUGAAGCAGUGUUCACGUUUGUCGGAAUCCACUAUGCAGUGGCACCCAUUGGACGAUUGAGGUUCAAAAAGCCAGUGCCCAGAAGAGCGUGGUAUGGUGUUUUGGACGCGACACGAUUCGGUCCGUCGUGUGCACAAAGAGGAAAUACAAGAUGGCUGCCUAACAGAGAAACAAGCGAAGAUUGUUUGCUGUUGAAUAUCUAUGUUCCUCGUACUCUGACUCCAGCUCGACCAAGAGCUGUGAUGGUAUGGAUACACGGAGGAGGUUUUGUGGUAGGGCAAGGAAUGGGGAGCGAUGGAACGAGAUUGUCUCUAGUGGGAGAUGUCAUAGUGGUGACCGUCAACUAUAGACUGGAUGUGUUCGGGUUCAUUUACACAGGUGAUCGCGAGUCUCCGGGUAAUUACGGACUUUGGGAUCAACAGAUGGCUAUCCAAUUUGUCAAGGACAACAUUGCUUCAUUCGGUGGAGAUCCAAACAGAAUUACGAUAUUCGGAGAAUCUGGAGGAGGAUAUAGUGUGGGAAUUCACGCUGUUAUUCCAUCAAGUCGAGGACUGUUUCAGCGAGCUAUAUGUGAAAGCGGAGUUGGAAUAUCUCCCCGUGCUUUGGCGUUCGACCCAAUUAGCUUCACAAGAAGACUCAGUGACAAUCUCGGCUGCACGAGACUUGAUGCUCGUGGACAGCUCGACACCAAUGCAUUUAUGACCUGUCUCAGGACGCAGCAGACACGAAGGAUUCUUGAAGCAUCUGCACGCGCUAGAACUCCAACAAAGCUAGCAUGGCGUCUGGAAAUUGCACCUGUGGUGGAUGGAGAGUUGGUUCCGGAUAGACCAGACUAUCUGAUCAGUGAAAACAACCGUCAGUACUAUAAUCCCAUGCCCACUAUCGAUUUCAUGGCUGGUAUCAAUGACGCAGAGGGAGGGCUUGUCCGCUGGCCUCUGAGAAAUUUCCAAAGAAAUUUAAAUUUUGAUAUUUCUCAAGGGAUUCCGAGAAGAGUGUUCUGCGACAACAUAGCGCCAAGCAUCGCAAUGGAUUAUUUCAAUGGAUCUCAGGCAAUAGCCCAGGCAAUAUGCAGGCAGUACUCCAAUGAGUCCCUGUCAGAUGCCGAACAGGCCAGGCAGGUCGUUAACAUGUAUGGAGAUAUGAUGUUCGUGGCUCCUACAGAACUCUCAAACUUGAUCCACGCAAGAAAUAACCAAAACCAUACAACCUAUCAGUACCUCUUCACGGAGACGCGAGGUGGUGCCCAGGGCUGGUUCCGGGGGGCUAAUCACGGUGCGGAGCUGGCAUACGUAUUUGGAUCACCCCGUGUAGCUAACAGAGCGUUGUCGGUGCAGAUGAUGAACUACUGGGCAAACUUUGCUAAGUUUGGAAAUCCAAACGGUCAACGUGGGUCAGUAAAUGUCCAGUGGCCCGCAUUCAACGUGUCUUACAAAGGUUACAUACGACUAGGUGGAGGAGUUAGUGCACAGAAUGACCUGUGGCCAGGACGACUGCAAUUCUGGCUAAGUGACAUCCCUCGUCUGAGACAAGGCGCCGGGCUGGUUCCUAGAUCAACAACCAUCGCUCCACGAACGCCAGUUGUCCCUAGCGGAUCGUUGCCGAACAAUCCCGGAAGUCCACAGACGUCUGGCACAGGAUCAUUCUAUUGGUCAGUAUCGAUGAUGAUCACGUGGCUUGCUGUAUUCUAUCUUCAUUAG